AUGUUCGAACUGAAAAUAGGCAAGAGUUCUAGCGAGCAAAAGGAAGACAAGCCAAUUGGCGGACAGUGCACCUUUGUUUUCUUCAAGAAGCUUCUGGAGGGGCUCCACGAGAUUGUAAAGCAGCUCGAGAUGAAGGUUACGAACGAGGGAAUAUACAUACAGGCCAUGGACAACAUGCAGGUAAGCAUGGUGGACAUUUUCCUGAAGAGCUCUGCGUUCGAGAGCUUCAGAUGCGACAAGAAUCUUGUCCUAGGGGUGCCUCUGCAGUUCAUUCUCAAGGUCUUCAAGAGUCUUCCUGUGGAGGACAACUUGUCUGUGCUUCUGUCGGCAAAUGACGAGGCAACUGAUCUGCACAUUGUCUGCGAGGACGGCGGAAAGAAGUACAGCUCGCACCUAAAUCUGAUAGACGUUGGGAGCGAUGAGUACACGUUCCCCGUUGUUGAGUAUCCUGCGGUCAUCAGCUUCAUGUCUUCUGAGUUCCAGAAGGUCGUUAGAACUCUGGGCGCCUUUGGGGACGUGCUGAAGAUAUCUGCAAAUGAGAAAGGGUUUGUCUUCCAGCAGCGGUCUGACUUUGGAAACACCGAGGUUUCUUUCUCAGUGAAGGAAGAGAACGAGAAUGCUGAGAACAAUGACUUUAUGAUACAGGUGCAGGAGAGUGUAGAGCUUACGAUACCGUACAAACACGUCUCGCUGUUCAGCAAGUUCGGCACACUUGGAGCUAAGAUCACGCUAAGCAUGGCAAUGGGAAUGCCUGUGUAUUUGACAUCUGUCAUGAAUGUUGGAUAUCUUAGAUACUACAUUGCCCCAAGGGAUGAUGAAUAA